GCCUCUCGCCGCCGGAGGUGGGUGAUGCCGAGCACAGCCAUGAAGAAGAAGGUGCUGCUGAUGGGUAAAAGUGGGUCUGGGAAGACCAGCAUGAGGUCCAUCAUCUUUGCAAACUACAUUGCCAGGGACACGCGGCGCCUGGGUGCCACAAUUGAUGUGGAACACUCCCAUGUUAGAUUUCUAGGAAACCUGGUGUUAAACCUGUGGGACUGUGGAGGGCAGGACACCUUCAUGGAGAACUACUUCACCAGCCAGCGAGACAACAUCUUCCGCAACGUGGAAGUGCUCAUCUACGUGUUCGACGUGGAGAGCCGCGAGCUGGAGAAGGACAUGCACUACUACCAGUCGUGCUUGGAGGCCAUCCUGCAGAACUCCCCCGAUGCCAAGAUCUUCUGCCUCGUGCACAAGAUGGACUUGGUGCAGGAGGAUCAGCGGGAUUUGAUUUUUAAAGAGCGGGAAGAAGACCUAAGGCGCCUUUCUCGCCCCUUGGAAUGUGCUUGUUUUAGAACUUCCAUCUGGGAUGAAACACUUUACAAGGCCUGGUCCAGUAUAGUCUAUCAGCUGAUCCCCAAUGUCCAGCAGCUGGAAAUGAACCUGAGGAACUUUGCUCAGAUCAUCGAGGCAGACGAAGUGCUUCUGUUUGAGAGAGCCACUUUCCUGGUCAUUUCUCACUAUCAGUGCAAAGAACAGCGGGAUAUCCACAGAUUUGAGAAAAUCAGCAACAUUAUUAAACAAUUCAAAUUGAGUUGCAGUAAGCUGGCUGCUUCCUUCCAGAGCAUGGAGGUCAGGAACUCUAACUUUGCUGCUUUCAUUGACAUCUUUACGUCGAAUACAUACGUGAUGGUGGUUAUGUCAGACCCUUCAAUACCCUCUGCAGCAACACUGAUCAACAUCCGCAACGCCAGAAAACACUUUGAGAAGCUGGAGAGAGUGGAUGGACCAAAGCACAGUCUGCUCAUGCGCUGAACAUUGGCCAAGGCACAUGCUCUCCGGGGGGAGAAAAACGGAAUUGGAACUACUUUUUCUUUUUUAGGAGAAUCUAACAAUGUGGAUGUCUUUGUGGGCUUUGAAAUGAGUGUGCCGCUUACCACCGCAAUCUUUAUUUUUUCUCCUUUUAACGUUGGACACUAGUCGCUCCGAUGAUGUCUGGAUACACUGCAGACCUUCAGAAGAGACUACCUGGCAUACGUGGGGUUGGGAAGAAGCAAGGACAGGUGACGUGCACAUGGUCUCAUACUCCUGGUUGUCAUAGUAGCACAUGGCAGAGCCUUUUUGGAUGUUCUGCUCCCAGGUGAUCAUACAAAUCACAGGGAUGGAAUAUUUACUAUUUUAUCGGUAGGUUGCUAGAAUACAUUUAUAAAUUUCUCCUUGUCUUCAGUCAUGAAAAUAAAUUUUUGCUACCAGGGAUUUUGGAUCUUAGCGCUUUGGAAAGUGGGCUUUCUUUCUUCUGAAAAUCAGGAUCUUUCUGAAGUCUGGCGAGCAGAUGUUUAAUGGCUGCUUUUCUUACACGCUACUUGUUUGGGAGGGGAUUGACUGAAGGUCAUGCCAGAUUUUCAUUUGAGAGCUCUUCAUGUUGAGUCAAAAUUCACAUAAGAGGCAAAGCAGUCGGGGCAACGUUGGUCUCUCUCCACUUGUCAAGGUACUGAAAAGCUUGGAGUAAAUGGAAGGAGCCAAAGGCUGCUUUUUCCAAGCAGUGGGAUAGUCCGGGUGCCCCCGGUCUCCGUCYUGGCAAGCCAGGAUGUGCUGACGUGGGCAGGUAGGAAUUGUAGAACGUGGUGGGUUUGGGCUGUGUGUGCAUGAGCUACAUUAGCUAUGUUUGCAAAGAGCCGGUUGGACAGUGUUGGACAGCAAUCUGACUU